CAUACAUGUACAUCAUAUGAUCGCAAGUGACUUCAAUUCUCCGGCGUAUCUAGGGCCAUAGGCACUUGAGCGUUGCUAAAAUAUUACGUAGUAUUACUCUGACUUUGGGAUCCGGCUCCCCGGGUCUGAUGCCUUUUCUAUACUGAUCUUACUCGUCUGUCGUCUCCUUUGCCUUUGAAAGAAAGAGUCGCUGAGCUGAAGCAUUGGUCUAGAGAAAAUGGCUGCUUUGGAAUCGACCCAAUCUCAGUUCAUGACCGGCACUGGUAAUCGGAGCCUCCCCAGUGAGCCACUCAUUGAUAACAUUGAAUACGACCAGAUUGUCGUGGCUGAUAAGAAGAGCUGGAAAAACUUCUUUGCAUAUUUGGGUCCAGGCUUCCUUGUUUGUAUAGCUUACAUUGAUCCAGGAAACUUUCAAACAGACCUACAGGCCGGGGCCCAAUACAAAUAUGGGUUACUAUGGAUCAUACUAUUGGCAUCAUUUGCAGCCCUUCUUAUCCAAUCACUUGCAGCAAACCUCGGAGUUGUCACAGGGAAGCAUUUAGCAGAGCACUGUAGAAAGGAAUACAACAAGGUGCCGAAUUUCCUCCUAUGGAUUCUUGCCGAAGUUGCCAUUGUUGCAUGUGACAUUCCUGAAGUGAUUGGAACAGCAUUUGCUUUGAACAUGCUCUUCAAAAUACCUCUGUGGUGUGGUGUACUUAUCACAGGAUUCAGCACAUUGGUUCUGCUGCUACUACAACAAUAUGGGGUGAGGAAGCUUGAGAUAUUCAUAGCAUUCUUGGUGUUCACUAUCGUGGUGUGCUUUUGUGUGGAGCUUGGAUAUGCAAAACCGGAAUCAUCUGAAGUUGUUGAAGGGCUGUUCAUUCCUCAACUCAAGGGAACCGGGGCUACCAAGCUUGCCAUUUCCCUUCUUGGUGCUAUGGUUAUGCCGCACAACCUCUUUCUCCAUUCCGCUCUUGUGCUUUCAAGAAAAAUCCCAAGAUCUACAAAUGGAAUUAAUGAGGCAUGCACAUGUUACAGGAUCGAGAGUGGCAUAGCCUUAAUAGUGGCGUUUAUUAUUAACAUUUGUGUCAUCUCGGUAAGCGGUGCAGUUUGCAAUUCCCCAAAUUUGAGCAAGGAGUAUCAGGACAGCUGCUCUGACCUGGACCUCAACAAAGCCUCUUUUUUACUGAAAAACGUUUUAGGCAACUGGAGUUCAAAGAUUUUUGCAAUUGCUUUGCUUGCAUCGGGGCAGAGCUCUACAAUAACGGGGACUUAUGCUGGACAAUAUGUUAUGCAGGGGUUUCUUGAUUUAAGGUUGAAGCCUUGGAUUAGGAACAUGCUAACUCGGGGCUUAGCCAUUGUUCCAAGUCUAGUAGUUUCAAUUAUCGGUGGCUCAGCUGGGGCGGGUGACUUGAUCAUUAUUGCAUCGAUGAUCUUAUCGUUUGAGCUCCCUUUUGCCCUCAUUCCAUUGCUCAAGUUCACCAGCAGCAACACCAAGAUGGGCUCGCAUGCCAACUCCAAAAUUAUUUCUGCAAUCACUUGGGUAGUCGGGACGUUGAUCAUGGGAAUCAACAUCUAUUACCUAGGGGAGAAAUUAGUUACCACCCUCAGGAACAGUCAUCUUAAGGUCGCAAGCAAGCUGUUGUGCGGAGUCUUGGGGUUCUCAGCAUUAUUGGUCUACUUGAGUAGCAUUGCGUACCUAGUCAUUAGGAAGAACAAGGAACGGACAAACCUUCUCGCGCUUACAAACGAGGCAGGUUACCCAGGCAGGAUAUUCUAAGCAUGCAAUUGUUAUUACACUUUUAUUACAAAUUAUUAUAAUAAAAAUAAUGAUUAUAAUAAAAUAAUAAUAAUAACAACAACAAUAAUUAAUAACAAAUAACUAUUAUUAGUAAUUACGAGUACUUUUUAAUCAUUACUUGUUAUAACACUUUUAUUACAAAUUAUAAAACUAUAAAAGCAUACAUAAUUUACUACUGGGGUAAUUACUAGAGAACUUUAAAAUACCAGCCAACUUGAAGAUUUGCACGUCAUAGUUUAUUGUAAAGAAUGAAUUGUUAUUAGAUUUUGAUGAUGUUUUACAAAUUAGGAAUUUAAAGUACCCUUGUAGAUAGAUUGUAUUUACAAUUUUCUGUUGUAAGUUUAGAAUAAUUGACUGUAAGAACAACACACUUCUGCUUCACUUUGGACAGAACUGCUAAGGCAAGAGUUUUGGCAAUACUCUUGACCUUGAGCAGAACGGCUUCAAUAGAAACACACCAGAAGAGCUCCCUCGCACAUAAAUGUUCAAGUCUUUGAAGUCUCCGUUAUAAUAAUGGGAUAUUCCUUAACGACGAUGAGCCUCUUAACAGAAGAUGUACAAAGUUGCACAUUACAUGCUCAUUUAAUAAUAUUUAUUACUCCCAAAAUAGUAAGUUUAUGAGAAUAUUGAAACUGACCGGUCAAGUCUACAGGC